UGGCUUGCGUUUAAGGAGGUGCAUCCCGGGAUAUGUAGUCAGUAAUUUAGCAACAUACCUCCAAUUCCGAAUACUUUACCCAUCAAAACACAACAAGGACCAUGAUGCUGCUCGAAAUUGCGCAUGGGAUAUCGCAGACAGCCGAUAACUCAUCUAUUAUGCUACUUCGCUGAAAUAAAAAGGUACCAGAAAACUGCGAGCGAGCAACCACUGGAGCCACUUGAGAAAGUAAUAAAGGCACAUACACUCAGGUGGUGAUGGGAUGUGUGUACUGCUGGAGGAAUAAUGAGCUGAAAGGGGAGCAAAGUAUCCAUUGAAAACACUAGACUCAGACGUUUUGUAGAACAGGGAAGAAGAGCUCUCCUGUUGCCAGUAUGUCGGCUGUUCCUGCGGCUGCCCCGGCACUUGUCAAUCCCUCGCCACCAGAGUUCACCAACCUCAACAAGCCUGGCCGGAAAACAAACCAACUACAGUACAUGCAGAACGUUGUGGUGAAGACUCUAUGGAAGCAUCAGUUUGCGUGGCCCUUUUACACACCUGUGGAUGCCAUCAAAUUAUGUCUUGCCGACUAUCAUAAAGUUAUCAAGAGCCCAAUGGACAUGGGAACAAUAAAGAAGAGGCUAGAGAAUAACUACUACUGGAGCGCCAGCGAGUGCAUGCAGGACUUCAAUACCAUGUUUACCAACUGUUAUAUCUACAACAAGCCUACAGAUGACAUUGUUCUGAUGGCCCAAGCUCUAGAGAAGAUAUUCUUACAGAAAGUGGCCCAAAUGCCUCAGGAGGAGGUGGAGCUGCUACCACCGGCCCCCAAAGUCAAAGCAGCCCGCAAACCAGGAGCGCCCGUUAGUGCAGAGAGCCAAGCACAGGGUGAGUCGACGGAUUCACCCCCAUCUUCUUACCCCAGCUCCCCUCCACUUCUGUCUCAGACUCCUGUCAUAGCAGCCACGCCAGUGCCAACCGUUACAUCUGUUACCCCUGUCCAAGCUGUGCCUACCGCUGCCUCCAUGAUGGCUGUGGUUCCCACGGCACAGCCAGUCAUCAAAAAAAAGGGGGUCAAGCGGAAAGCAGACACAACAACUCCCACCACCUCAGCAAUCUCGGCCAGUAGAAGUGACUCCCCUACCCAGCUCCUGGAAUCCAAACAGGAGACUGUCUCGUCCAGGCGGGAGAGCACAGUGCGGUUCGUCCAGCCCCCCAAGAAGGACACAGAGGAUGGAGAGGCGCCUCUGCUCGGUGGCAAGAAAGGCAAGCUCGGCGAGCAGCUGAAGCACUGCGACGUCAUCCUGAAGGAGAUGCUGUCCAAGAAGUACGCGGCCUACGCUUGGCCUUUCUACAAGCCUGUAGACGCAGAAGCGCUUGAACUGCAUGACUACCAUGAGAUAAUCAAGCACCCCAUGGACCUGAGCACUGUCAAAAAGAAAAUGGACAGUCGAGAUUACCAAGAUGCCCAAAGCUUUGCGACAGACGUCCGGUUAAUGUUCUCAAAUUGCUACAAGUACAACCCCCCCGACCACGAGGUUGUAGCCAUGGCCAGGAAGCUCCAGGAUGUGUUUGAGAUGCGAUUUGCCAAGAUGCCAGACGAGCCCAUUGAAGCCAUCCAGCCCUCCACCACGCCGGUGGUAAGCAAGAGUACAGAGAGCAGUGAGAGCAGCGGCAACACCUCCAGUUCGGAGAGCUCCGACUCAGAGGAUGAGCGGGCCACGCGGCUCGCCGAACUGCAGGAACAGGUGGGUUCGGAACAGCAAAUCACUGUGGAGCACCCCAAUGGUAACAGGGCGGGGGGAAAAAACGGGUGUGCCAAACGUUUUCAGCUGAAGGCCGUUCACGAGCAGCUGGCUGUUCUGUCGCAGGCCCCAGUAAGUAAACCAAAGAAAACGGAGAAAAAGCAAAAAGAUAAGAAGAAGGACAAAGACAAAGCCAACAAGGGGAAGGCUGAUGACGAGAAGAAGCCCAAGUCGACACAGCAAGCCAAGCCAGCUAAUCCGAAGAAGGCUCCAGCCCGGAAACCAAACCGCACGGUGGCGGCUACCAGGCAACCGAAGAAAGGGUCCAAGGUGGCGGCGGCAAACAACGAGUCUGAAGAGGAGCCGUCCCUUCCCAUGUCAUACGACGAGAAGCGCCAGCUCAGCCUGGACAUCAACCGUCUUCCGGGUGAGAAGUUGGGCAGGGUGGUCCACAUCAUCCAGUCCCGGGAGCCGUCGCUGCGUGACUCCAAUCCGGACGAGAUAGAGAUAGACUUUGAGACACUCAAGCCCUCUACCCUUCGUGAGCUCGAACGAUACGUCAAGUCCUGUUUGCAAAAAAAGCAGCGGAAACUUUUACAGAAGGCAGGCUCAGCGCCAGCAGGGGGCGCCUCUCGAAUGAGCGGCAGCAGCAGCUCCUCUGACUCUGGCAGCAGCAGCUCCAGUGGCUCCAGUUCAGAAAGCAGUGACUCCGAUUGAUCAGAGAAAGACCCCCAUACGUUGAGUCCCUCUCUCACUUUAGUUAAUUUACCCCCCUUUUUAGCUAGUAGUCUACUCUCUUUUUUCUUCCCGUGGAUGACUUUUAUAAGAUAAUGAAAAUACGUUCGAUGACUGAGGAUAUUGAUAAUGUUUUGUAUUUAGAAAUGCCUUUAAAGAAAGAACGUAGGAAACGUGUAAGAAGAUAUAGCUGACUGAACAUAGUCAGGGUUUGUUUUUGCUGGCUCUCAAAGGGAAAUGCCUGGUAUCACCAGAACAACAUGUGUUAGUUCUUUUUUUUUUUUUUUUUUUUUUUGACUAUGUAAGUAGUAAACUGUUAAGAAACACAGAUUGAUUUAGGUUUGGAUAAAAUUGUCUCAAGGAACAAAUAUGGUCUUUCUCUUCAUGGGAUGGCUGUUGCCUCUAGUUUGACCUUUGCCACCUCACAUUAUUACUUUGUUUUUCUCGGUUUUAUGGAUAGAGCUAUAUUUAAGAAAUUAAGAUAAUUGUUAUUUUUAUGAUCACAUCUAAUUUCCGUUGACAAUGUAAAACAAAUGGUUUUAACGAUCAUCUAUAGCAGAGAAUUGAUAACAGUUUAUUUUUGUUCUCAAUCUUCCAUUCUCCAUUCAGUGUUUGUAAAUCUGUUGUCUCAAUGGUCUGUUCAAUGUAUUUGACGGUUAACACUAGACUGCGGUUGAGGAGUACAUUGACUUAAUCAUGGCCCUACUUGUAUUUACUGAGUGUUUUAUCUACACAUUUGUGGCAAAGUAAAGUUGCUAUUUGAUAUUCUGUCCCCAGUAUGUGGUGGCAUAUACAAAUUCACUUUUUGAUGCCAGUGUUAAUGUUAAAUGCUCCCCUACUAAGAUGUAACACACAUCACACACUCUUGUGGUUUGUUUCCCAGCCUGUUUGUAUAUUUGGCAUGUGCCAUAUCUGACAACUUUCACUAUUGAAUGUAAUAACUUUUUCCUUUGUCUGUGUAUGGGCUAGUCUUUCAUUUGAACAUGGUUAUAUUCCAUAUGUAGGUGAAUUAACACUUACAGUAUAGCCUGUUUCUUUUAAGAGUGGAGAGCAAUGGGCUCUCCGUCUCCUCUGUGUAAACGACUAAUUGCCACGUGUACAAAAACUUACUCAAGACAGAACAUUUGAAUCUAAAAGUAAAUAAUCAUAUAAUUGUAAUUUUGUUAAUAUUUGAGCAUUACAAACACCUCUGUAAACGAAACUUGGUAGAUGUGUCAUAAUACACAAUCUAGUCUUCCUUCCAAAUUCAGAAUCAUGAAUUCAAACUGCUUCUUGUUUACCUUUUACAAUACACCUAUUGUGACUGGAUUUUCACAAUUAUGUAUCUGUCAUUUAUGAGGUGGUAAGUGUAUUUUCUAUCAAUAUGAGAUAAUUUACAACUGCAGUUCACGAAGCUGAGAUCAUUUGGUUAGUUGUUAGUAGUGAUGAUGUUUUAAACUUUAUCUGCUAUAUUCCCAUUAACCUCAUUAUACAGAUUCAGACAGCCUCUUACAUAAAAAAUAUAGCUGGGUUUGCCUGAGGGAUGUCAUACGAGUUGAGACUUGAGUAUAUAAAUAAUUGUUUUCACCAUAUUCACUUAUUUGUUCAUUUUAGUUCUUGGUCAACAUACAAUAGAUAAUUUUUAUAUUUUAAUAAAAUAAUUUUAUGUAUUUGCAUGCACUCCUGCUGUAACUUUCUGAAAUAUGUUUUAGCACUGAAUAGUAACUUCUGUAGACAUCAAUCUUUGAGAACUAAAGAUGAAUGUUGUAGUUUUAGGGUUGUUUAAGGGUGAAAUUACAUAGGGAUGCAGGGCAAACAAAAAGUUAAUAUUUGAUGUAAUUAUUUACAUGGGAUACCUUAUUUUCUGAGUUCCUUUGUUUUCAUAAAUAAACCACAUAAACAUA